AUGAAAGAGACGGAUCCUGCAAAGCUCGUAAGGAUGGAAGGGGGAAGAUGGACGGUUGACCUGGUCAGGUUGUCUCCUGCAUCCCUUUGCACAACCUCUGAGCAUUCCCUCCCAGGGACCUCCGAGAGAUCUGGUGAGUUCCAGGGGAGGGGAGAUGGUGACAUGGAUGGAUGGAGCCAUAGAGGUAUUGGGGCUUGCUCAGGGGGGCACCAUUUUUGGGCUCCUCCACCUGCCUGCCUGCGCCUUUGUCACCUGCAGGCAAUUUGAGUUACGAAUACAUCACCGCUCUCCGACCACUGUGAUGUAUUGGCAGCUCAAAAUGUCUAAAACCAGCACCGUGAAUGAAUGCUCUACCCAUGUCAGACAACUUACCGAUCCUUCAGGCAGCACUGGAAGCCAUGACUCUUGAAAGUAACCUGAUCCUGGGCUUCUGAUUUGUCUGCAAAGGGAAAUGGCAAGGUGGUGUGAGUCGUCCGUCUAAAAGACGACCGUUACCGGGGCUUUUGAGCAGUGGAAGUGAGUGCCAGGGUUAGACCCCCCCCCAAAGUGCCCUACAGGUAGUGGGGUGUCGAGGGGACCAGCCGGGCGUGAAGAGGCUUGACGCGAUUGCCGGAGCCCCAACACUGCAUCAGCAGCGAGUGGGGGGGGGGGUAUGUGAGACAGUGGCUUGAGCCUGCCCAUGGCUCCAUCGCAGCUCAGAAACCAGAAACCAGAAAUCGCCACCUGAGGCAGAAGACUUUCAAAGGAAAAAAGGUAUUGCCAACAACAAUGGACUUUUCAAAAUAAAAAGAAUUGGAUUUAAUUUAGAUUUGUCAAAGACGGAAUCUAAACAGGAAAUCAACUUCCGUAUUUUGAAGGGAAGAUUUUGAAGUCCAGACUUGUGAAUGGGAAAAAAACCUUUGGGGACACAUCAGUCUUAAGAUAUUUUUUAAACUGCACUUUGUUACUUUGCUACUUAUUAACACUAUGUACUCUGGAUACAAGAAGAAGCUGUAGCUCUUUGUUCUUUGAUUCCUUAAAAGGAAGAUACAGGAAGUGAUUGGAGUACUCUGUUUUUCUGAAUGGGGAUGCAGAUUUUAUGAAUGAAAGCAUUGAAAGGCUUGAAAACAUUGCAAAUUCUUUUUUUAAAAAACCCUCUAAAAAGGACCCUGGAUCUUGGCAAGUCCUACCAAAGCUUGGCAGGAGGACACUUUUCCAUAACUGGGAGGCACCGUAUUUUUCGCUCUAUAGGACACACCUUUUCCCUUCUAAAAAGUAAGGGAAAAUGUGUGUGCGUCUUAUGGAGCGAAUGCAGGCUGCGCUGCUAAGCCCAAAGCCAGAACAGGGAGAUGCAGCGCUGCGCAGCGCUUCGUCUUGCUGUUCUAGCUUGGGAAUGGCUGCGCAGAGCCUCUGCCUUCAGCCUCUGACUUCACCCUGCUGUCCUGCGGAAGCUUCAAAGGCUGUCCCUCAAGCCAGAACAGCAUGAGGCUAUCCCAGAAGCCAGAUCCCUUUUGCUGUUCUGGCUUUUGGGGUUCAGAAUUUUUUUCUUCUUGUCCCCCCCCCCCCAAACUAGGUGCGUCUUAUCGUCCGGUGCGUCCUAUAGAGCGGACAAUACGGUAAUCCCAGGGAGGGGAAGUGCCUGGUAAGAGCUGGAGUAGGAGAAAGGGGGGGGCGGGAUUUCUUUUUAAAGACCAGGGCUUGUAUUGGAAUAAAAACUGAAUAAAAACUGAGAGAAAUAGCAUGUUUUGGAUUACAAUUACCAUUUUGAUUACAAAUCUCAUUUGGAUUAAAUACGUCUGGAAAAUAUUUGAACUCACAGUGUAAAUAUUUUGGAUUACAAGACACAUUGGAUUAUAAUAUAACUAGAAGUUUGGCAAGUGCUUAAUCAUCAUCAAGGAGACAAUGUAACAGUGAGUUUGAACAAUGGUAACUAUUAGACUUUUGUUGUGGCCUGCUUUUUUAUUCUUUUUUUUUGUAGGUUGUAUAUAAAGUUGAUAUUGCCCACUUUUCUCUCUCUCUCUUGGAUAUUGUGGAACUUUUAUAAUUCUGUAAGUUUGAAAGUGUUGUUACAGUUUGGUUUAAAAGGGUGUGGGAAUUGGAUUGGUGGGAGAACAGUUGUAUACAAGGCAAGAGUGAGAAAAAGACAGGAGGGCUGAAGGAAGUAUCAAACCUGACAUCAAUUCUAAGAGGAGCAGGAAUAAAUUAUAAAUGGGAAUUCCCGGAGGGAGUUUCCUUUACUUAUAGGAGAAAGAGAUUCAGAUCAAUGUCAGAGAGUCAGGUACAGGAAUUUCUGGAUAAACAUGGCAAAGACAUAGCUCGGGGAGAGACUUCAGAACCCCCUAUGAGAUGCAAAGAGAGGAACUGGAAAAGACUGAAAGAACAGGGCAAAAAAGCAAAUCUUUUUUAAAUGAAUCAGAUCAUCACAAAUCUUAAAUUACUAACCUGGCAUGUCAAUGGCCUUAACAAUUAUAUUAAAAGGAACAGGGUGUGGCAUGAGGUUUUAAAAUGGAAUUUGCAUAUAAUUUGCCUACAGGAGACUCAUGUUGCAAGAAGGGUGAGAAAAUCUUGAAUAAUAAGAAUUAGGCAGCCAAUUUAUUGCAUCAGAUGUUUCCAAAAAUUGUGGAAUUGUUUUGUACAUAAAACCUGCACUUGAACCACAAUUAAUUCAAAAGGAUGAGAAUGGGAGAAAAUUAAUGGUACAAAUUAAAGUUGAGGGAGGAAAACAUAAUUUUGGUAGGGAUAUAUGCACCAAAUGAAAAUAAAUUUUAAAAAUUCAGGAUUUAGAAACAGAAUUGCUAGAAUUUGCAGAUGAGAAAAUAAUAGUGAUGGGAGAUCUUAAUGGAGUCCCAUCACUAGAGAAAGACAGAACGAGAGCUUCCGGUUGAUCGCGGGAGCGAGCACAAGCGGGAUUCUUCUCUCUAGAGAGAAUUCAACUUUGGGGAGAAAAAAGGGGGUGCUGCACGGGCGCCGUAGCCCCCAAAAUAUCCCCGGAAGGAGAUCCGGGGAGCAGGUUCCUGGCACAGCCAAUUGCGAUUCCCUCGGCCGUCAGGUAACCUCUUUUUAGAGGCGAAGAGAAUGACGAGAUAGAAAGGCAGGCAGCGGGAAGCCAUUUUCUAUCCUCCGAAAGCGCAGCCCCAAGCUUGUACGCAGAAGUGAUCGACUCUCAAACAUUAAGAAAACCGAAUUUAAUUGGAUUAUAAAAUUAACGGAUGGUGAUUGGGAACAAUUCGGAACGGGCGAGGUGGAAAAAAGGAGGUCAGCCUUGUCUGGAAUUCUAAGUACACGCAAGGAGUAUCUACAGAACGGAAAAGAGAACUGUGAGUUAAUUCAAACGGACUUUAUUUUGGUGGUUAGAACUUUUUUAACAGAUAUCUAUUUAACUUAAAGAAGUUGGAAUCUAGUUAAAAAAACUUUUGUUUUUCAGUCUUUUUGGUGAACUUUUGGAAAUCGGGGGAAAGGGACCUUUGUUAUUUUUACUUUCGAUUUUAAAGAUCUGCGCAGCAGACGGCGUUAAGGAGUUGAUUGAAAGAAUGCAGCAACAAACAGGUAUAGAAGUGGUCAAGAAAGUGAAAUAUUUAGGAAUUUGGUUAACUCCCAAAAAUAAUGAUCUGUUUCAAAAUAAUUAUAUACCAAUGUGGGAUAAAAUUAAGAGAGACCUAGAGGCGUGGGGGAGGAUGAAGUUAUCAUUUUGGGGAAGAAUUUCAACGAUAAAGAUGAGUGUGUUGCCGAAGAUGUUAUUUUUAUUUCAGACAAUUCCGAUAAUUAAAGGGACAGCGAUAUUUAAAGAAUGGCAAAGGAUAAUUUUGAGGUAUAUCUGGCAGGGUAAGAAGCCGAGAAUACAAUUUAAGUUAUUAACAGAUGCGAAAGAAAGAGGAGGCUUCGCCUUGCCGGACUUGAAAUUAUACUAUGAAGCAUCAUGCCUCUGUUGGUUGAAAGAAUGGAUGAAAUUAGAAAAUACAGAACUGUUGGAUUUUGAAGGAUUUGAUAACAGAUUUGGUUGGCAUGCAUAUUUAUGGUAUGAUAAGAAAAAAGUUCAUAAAGGAUUUGAAAACCACAUCUUUCGAAGAUCUCUCACAGAAGUUUGGGAUAGGUAUAAAAACCUAUUGGAACAAAAAAUACCACAUUGGUUGUCUUCGUUGGAGGUGAUGAGUGUGAGGAAAAUCAAUAUGAGUGGGAGGUGGAUAACAUAUGGGAAUUUAAUAAUUAAAGAAGGAGGUAAAUGGAAAUGGAAAUCAUAUGAUGAAGUAAAAGAGUAUGUUAAUGAUUGGUUGCAUUAUUUUCAGGUUAAUGAAAUGUUUAAAAAAGAUGUUAGAGAAAAAGGUUUUGCUGAAAAAGAAUCAAAGUUUCAACAAGAAAUACUGAAUAAUGACUCAAAAAUUUUGUCCAAAAUGUAUAAAUUGCUGCUUGAAUGGUAUACAAAGGAUGAGGAGGUUAAAUCAGUUAUGAUUCAUUGGGCCAAAGAUUUUGGAUAUAAUAUACAAUUAAAUGAUUGGAUAAAAUUGUGGAAUGAAGGAUUAAAAUUUACUGCUUGUACUGCAUUAAAAGAAAAUGUGAUGAAAAUGAUAUAUAGAUGGUACAUCACACCAGUAAAGCUAGCAAAAAUGUAUAAAAUAAGUAAUAAAUGUUGGAAAUGUAAGGAAAAGGAGGGAACAUUCUAUCAUAUGUUGUGGGAGUGUAAAAAGGUAAAAUGUUUCUGGGAGAUGAUAUAUAAUGAGAUGAAAAAAAUGUUGAAAUAUACAUUCAUAAAGAAGCCAGAAGCAUUUCUUUCAGGAAUAAUCAGAAAUGAAAUUAAUAAGAAAGAAUGGAAGUUGUUUUUAUAUGCAGUAACAGCAGCAAGAAUACUAUUGGCCCAAAAUUGGAAACAAGAAAAACUACCUACAAUUGAAGAGUAGAGAAUUAAGCUAAUGGACUAUGCAGAACUUGAUAAAUUAACAGGAAGGAUCUGGAACCGGCGGGACCUGAAGUUCACUGAGGACUGGAUUAAAUUUAUAGAUUAUAUGAAAAGUAUAUGUGAUGAUCAGACAACGUUUGUAAGUUUACAGGAAGCUCUGUGAAGAAUUAAGAGCAGAAAUAUUGUAAAAAAGAAAAAGAUAGGAUAUGUUAUUAUCGUAAGGCAAUAUUAAAUAGGGAACGCGUAAGAAGUGAUUAAGACAGAGGAUUAUCAGAGGAGCUGAUGGAAGUCCAAAAAGAUUGUGUUGGUGAUAAAGUGGAUGUCUUUUUUAUAAGUUUGUAUUGGAAAAAUUAAUAAAAAAAUAUUUUUAAAAAAAGAAAGAAAAAAAAGAGAGAAAGACAGAACGAUCAGGAAGAAAGACACGAAAGAAGGUAGACUUCCCAAAACUUUUUUUGAAAUGACAGAAAAUGUAAAAUUGAUAGAUAUUUGGAGAAUUAAACAUCCAUUUGAAAAACAGUUAACUUUUUUCUCUCAUGUUUAUGGAAGCAGCGCCCGACUUGAUGCGGUUUGGGUCUCUAAGGAAUUAGAGUCAGUGUUCGGUAGAUUUAUUGCUUUAUUGUUCAGCGCCCAGCCACGCUUCCCCUGCGAGCCUCUGCAGCCUCUGUUUACGCAGUGUGGCUUUUGAGUGGUCGUAAAGCAAUUAGCAGAAUUACACAGCGCCUGCGUCGAAAGGGCAGUAAAAAAAGUCCCACACGUUUCUUCUCUCCUAAUAUCCCUUUAUUUGCUCAGAAGUAGUGUGUUUACAAUUCAUAAUAGCCAUCAGAUUCAAGCUGCAUUUUCUCUGCGUCCUUCUCUCUCAGUGCAGCGACUGAACAACCUGCUUUCGCUUUUCCACUCGGCUCACAGCAUUCCAAGCUGCUUUCGUCACGUCCUGGCGUACUUCCCUUGUACGCGCCUCCUCUCAGGCUUGAGGCACAGAAGGUUAACCCUUCACUACACCCAACACCCCCUCUUGUCUCGCGCCUGAGGGGAGAAUCGACCCUUGGUCGUCCCAAACCCAGACCUUCGCAAAACUCCCCAUGUCUUUGGAAGGAGAGUGGCUUCGUGAACCCAUCAGCUAGGUUCUUGGCAGAGGGACAAUACUUCAACGCAACUAAUCCCUCCUGAACACUCUGGCACACAUUCCAAAAGCGAAUGUCUAGGUGUUUAGUUCUAGCCUUGAACUGACCUGACUCUGCCAAACGCAGGCAUGGUUGAUUGUCCUCGAAAACACGUAUCGGUUGACAAUCCACUUCGCAGAGUUCCUGCACUAAGCAAGCAUAGGACUCUACUUCUCUGCACACCUCUGAAAGAGCACUAAACUCAGCCUUAGUGGAUGAGAGCGCUAUAAGACUUUGCUUCUUGGACCUCCAUCCAACUACUGAGUUCCCAAACUUCACCACUAGGCCAGACACAGACUUGCGAUCCUCAAGAUUAGCCCAAUCUGAGUCCACAAAGCAAGUCAGUUUGACUUCUCCUUGUGCUGGUAACCUAAGACAAAAGUCUUUGGUCUCCUGCAAAUACCUCAGAACUCUCUUGAUGCCAUUCCAGGCUUGCACACUAGGGUUUGAAGCUUCCCUGCUGAGCAGAUUGACAGCAAACGCUAUAUCAGGUCUGCUCCACUGGGACAAGUACAACAAACUCCCUAGGGCUGACUGAAACACUUCAGUAUUUUCGAACGCCGCGCGUUCUACUUGCUGGCUGUCCUUCACAAAACUAGUCUCCAUAGGACUUCUCACUCCUACACAAUCACUCAUCCUCAGUUUCUGAAGCAGUUGCUCAAUUUUGCCUCUCUGGCUGAGCAAGAAGCUUCCAUCCUGUGCUCGGUCAACACUGACACCUAGAUAGGUUUUGACAGCACCAAGCUGUUUGAGCUUGAAUCGUUUACCUAGCUCUUUGGCAAACUUCUCCGCCUGUUCAUCUGUCUCUGAGAAAAACAACAAGUCAUCAACCCAAAUCUGCAAAUACUCUUGUGUUGCCCCUGAUCCUCUCAAAUAAAAACAACUAUCAGCAACACUUCUUCUGAAACCUAGCUCUUCUAAGGCUUCAUUCAGGCACAUGUUCCAGUUUCUAGCAGAUUGACGCAAUCCAUAGAUGGAUUUGUGCAAUCUCCACACAACACCCUGCCUCAAGUUCUCAAACCCCGGAGGAGGAAGCAUGUACAACUCCUCCUGGAGAUCUGAGUUAAGGUACGCAACAUCCACAUCAAAGUGGUUUACCUUCCAGCCUCUCUGUGCUGCACAAGCUAAAAGCGUUCUCAGAGUCUCCGCUCAUGACGUUGGUGAAUACACCUCUGUGAAGUGUAUUCCCUUUCUCUGAGUGAAUCCUCGAGCAACUAACCUGGCUUUAUACUGUGGCUCUCCAGCGUCAGUGGGUUUCAAGCGGUACACCCACCUGCAACUCACAGCCUGCUUGCCCGGUGGCAACUCUGAGUGAGAACACACCUAGAUCUUUCAUGGACUUCAUCUCUUUGUCCAUUGCUCUGUGCCACUUGCCUGCUUCAUCCUCAGGUAAACUCUGAAUAUCCUUGAAGGAUUCAGGUUCACAUCUGGCUGAACCUACCCAGACGCUUGAAGCGUCGUACCGAUCAGGAGGCCUCCUUGUCCUCGCUGAUCUCCUCAGUGUGAAUCCUGGUGACCCUGCUGCUUCACUGGGUCCAGCUAAAUCCUCCUCAACUUCAGUGUCUUCCCCCUCUGACCUGCUGCGCCUCUUGGGCCUUACAGCUGGUCCAGCAGGUGAAGAAGGCUCACUCUUUGGCUCAAACUUGACACUUGCCUGAGGAGGUGUUCUAGGUUCCCCCCCUGAGGGAUCCUGAGCUGUCCCUGCCAUGGACUCUGUCCCUGUGGUGGACCCUGUUGCUCUGGACCAUGGUCCCCAGCAACAGGUUCCUCUUCCUCAACAUCUGAGUCAUAGAACUGCUGUGGAAUCACGUCUGGAUUAGCGUGCAGACGUUUCCAACCGGCUUGCUCACAGAACUAGCGCUAUUGCUCAUAACCAACCUAGACUGGUUUCCACUUGGGUACGCAAACCGCCAGGCCUUUGAGCCAGGCCCAUACCCUACAAAGAUCAUUCUUUUAGAUCUUGGCUCACCUUUCUUGCGUAGAGCCUUUGGAAUAAGCACCCAAGCCUCACAACCAAACACACGGAGGUAGUGUACCUUGGGCUUCUUUCCAUGCAGUAAGAAAUACGGCGUAUUUCCUACACUAGAGUUGUACACGCUGUUCUGCGUAUGAACCACAAAUCUCCAAGCCUCCGACCAAUACUUUUGGGGUAGCCCUGCGUCCCACAGGAUUGCAGACACAGCUUCCUCCACCGUCCUGUUCCUUCUCUCUGCCAGCCCAUUCUGUUGCGGAGAGUAAGGAGCGGUCAAUCUGUGGCUAAUCCCCUUCUCCCUAAAGAAAUCCUGUAAAGCAGAACCAGUGAAUUCAGAACCUCUAUCACUUUGAAAACCAUGAACUUUGGUGGAAAAGGUUACCUCAACUGCGGUGAUCCAAUCCCUGAUCAUUUUAGCCGCCUCCCCUUUCGUUUUCAGAGAGAAGGUCCAAGCAGACCUCGUAAAAUCAUCAAUCAGAAGUAGAGAAUACUUUGAUCCUCCCAGUGACUCAACUGACAUGGGUCCACACAAAUCUGAAUGAAUUAAUUCAAAGGGUUGUGUGGUCUGCCUCUCUGACUUUGGAUAUGAGCAUGUCACAAUUUUCACCUGUUUACAUGCAUUGCAAUCUAAAAAUUUGUCACAAACAUUAAAUUUGCACCCUUGUGUCCGUUCUGGUGCUUUCUGAAGAUAUCUCCAAUUCAAAUGGGCGAAGCGUCCGUGCCAAAUAUGUGAACAACCAUGGUGAGGCGCCACAUUCACACAUUGGCCCAUCGCAUCUUCGGUGUCAUCCUCUCCUGUGGAAAAAGGCACAUUUACAGCAAACAAAUUAUCUUUAGACUGCACUGUGUACACGUGUUUCCCAUCCUUGGAAAACUCACAUUUGUCACCUGCAAAAGAGACAUGAAAACCAUCAACGAGUAGAUCAUGCACACUUAACAAACAGUUAGUUAAACCGGGCACUGCAUAAGCUUUGACUUCAUGCUUAAGAAAAGGACAGAAGAAAAAGCCUGUCUCUGUUAGUCUUUUUCUGCUUCCAUCCGCAAUCGUUACAAAUUUGUUUUUACUGUCCUGCAAUUCCUCAAAAGACCAGGAGAUGGCACCAACGAAUUUGUGGCACCAGAGUCUAUUAUUACAGUGAGAAAGUCUUGUUGUUGACAUUCCUGGGAAGCCAUGGCAACAAUUUCCUAACUACCCCCCUUCUUGGGGCUUCUGCAGAUGUUCUCUCUGGUUGUCACGGCAACAGACUCCCCCCGGCAGGAAGACUUGCCCACGCCCUUCACAGCUUCCGUAAAUGCAACUCUCUCAGUUGCCUUGGAGACCGGACUUGUCUCAGCGUUCCCACACAAAUCCGAAGCUCUUAUCUGUCUUUGCUGCAGGUGGCCAGCCUUGAAACCUCUAGCUCUUUUCAGCUUCCCAGGCUCCGACUCACGACGUAAACAACUCUUGGCAGCUUUUGGAGAAAGAGGCGUCUCUGAGCUUUCACUGCUCACUGCCCCCCACUGCUCAUGGGGCCCCCAGGACGUUUUCCUGCACCCCCUCUGGUGGGUAAAGGGCUCCCAACACUUGGCCUCCAGGCUCCUCACACAGACACGUUGCAGCAUCCAAACAGCUCCCAGACUCAGCAAAAGCACCAGCAGCAUUGCCAGCAACAGUCCCUUCGCCCCCCUGUGGGGGCUCCCAGCUGUGUAUCGGCUCUCAUGAAUGUGGCCAUCUUGCCUCUCCCUUUCAGAUGCAGCCACUUCUCGGCCCUUGCUUCCCACCCCAGCUCCACAAGCUUCUCGGAGUGCUAGCCAAGCGGCCUCUGGCCUUUUUGCACCCAGGACAACUGGCACCAGCUGAGCAUCCACAUUUUCUGCCAAAAAAGCAAGCACAUGCUUCUCAACUUCACUUUGCUCUGCAGCCCUCUUAGCCUCUGCUUUCCCAGCUGCAUUCUGUAGAGGCUGUACUAUGUCCCAAAGCUGCUCCCCCGCCAGCAAAAGCUCCACUGCAGCCAAUUUUGACUAGUCAGUUUCUGACACGGCAGUUUAAACUCAAAGCCAUGUCCAUGGGGCUGAGCCAUUGCCUCACUUCUGUUGGCCUUUGCAAGAGCAGCCGAUAAUACUCACUCUGCAGCCAAGCCGGGCACUCCGGACGACGUGGCUCCCAGCUCCCACUCUGUCAGCCUCCUCCGAUCUGCCCUCUUCUCUCUUUAAAGCCUUGGCAGUCGAUCAAGCUGACGUUCAGCCUUUUAGAGUCUUCCAAGCCCUUUCUCACACGCUUCACGUUGACCCAUAACCUUGUUUGGUAGAUUUAUUGCUUUAUUGUUCAGCGCCCAGCCACGCUUCUCCUGCGAGCCUCUGCAGCCUCUGUUUACGCAGUGUGGCUUUCGAGCGGUCGUAAAGCAAUUAGCAGAAUUACACAGCGUCUGCGUCGAAAGGGCAGUAAAAAAAGUCCCACACGUUUCUUCUGCCCUACUAUCCCUUUAUUUGCUCAAAAGUAGUGUGUUUACAAUUCAUAAUAGCCAUCAGAUUCAAGCUGCAUUUUCUCUGCGUCCUUCUCUCUCAGUGCAGCGACUGAACAACCUGCUUUCGCUUUUCCACUCAGCUCACAGCAUUCCAAGCUGCUUUCGUCACGUCCUGGCGUACUUCCCUUGUACGCGCCUCCUCUCAGGCUUGAGGCACAGAAGGUUAACCCUUCACUACACCCAACAGUCAAGAAUCAAAAAAAUUGAAAUAGAUCCAAGAAAAAUAUCAGACCAUGAUUCUAUAAUUAUGGAAAUACAGAAAGACACUCAGUCCACCUUUCGGUGGAGACGGAAUGAAUAAAUAUUAGAUGAUAAAGUCUUUCUGGAAAGGACAGAAAAGACAAUAAGUGAAUAUUUUGAACAAAAUUUGAAUAAUGAGACCAAACUCCAGUCUGGGACACUAGCAAAGUGGUGAUGAGAGGCCUAUUCAUUCAAAAAAAUUCAGCUAAAAAGAAGGUAAAAGAAGAAAAGGAAAGAUUUUACAUAAAAUAGCAGAAAAAGAAAAAGAAUUAAUAAAAGCAUUAGAUAAAGAAAUAGUAAAGCAGGAGAUAAAAUUAUUACAAUCACAAUAUUCAAUGGUAAUCAAUGAGGAAAUAGCAUGGAGAAAGAAGAAAAAAAUCCAUUCGUGAACGACUCUAGGGUUGCGGCACUCAUCUCGCUUUACUGGCCAAGGGAGCCGAUGUUUGUCCGCCGACAGUUUUUCCAGGUCAUGUGGCCAGCAUGACUAAACUUCUUCUGGCAAAACCAGAGCAGUGCACGGAGACGCCGUUUAUCUUCCUGCUGGAGCGGUAACCUUUUUAUCUACUUGCACUUUGACGUGCUUUCAAACUGAUAGGUUGGCAGGAGCAGGGACCGAGCAAUGGGAGCUCACCCCGUCGUGGGGAUUCAAACCACUGACCUUUCGAUCAGCAAGACCUAGGCUCAUUGGUUUGGACCACAGCGCCACCUGUGUCCUGAUAGGUCCUUGUAAAACCUUUAGGGGAAAAUCUAGCAGAGAGUCUGUGGGUUUUGAUAAACAAGAAAUGGCAAGUGGUGCUAUCUCAAAAUAGACUAGUUCUAUCAAGCUACCCUAAGCCUUUGGGGAUCUUGUCACAAGAGGAACAUAAAGCUUCUGGAGUUUUUGGAGAGUAUACAUGCCUGGUGUUCUUAAGAACACUACAGAUUUAGAACACGUGGAAGAUCUAUACUUGGAUGGCUUCCAUGCAAAAGCCUCAUGCAGUGUGCUUUUUGAAUCGCUGCUUGUAACAGCCUCAGUCUGCUUAAUGACACAGAAGGCCAAUGCAAGAAUAAUGGAAGCUAUUCAAAAUGCAAUGGGAAUACUGAAGCUCAAAAAGGAGAAUUACCAGGAAUGGGUGCAAUAUGCAGAAGCCCUGCUUCGCAAAGAGGGUCUUUUUAAUGUGAAGGUGCAAUUCACCAAGCGGAUGACCACACAAAUCUCCUGUUAAGGCUAUGGAACGGUUGUGUUUCACAGCUUGGAUGCAUCGAUACGUAACGUUCUUUUUGUGCCAGAUGUUGCACACAAUCUAUUGAGCGUCUCGCAGCUGACUGAACAGGACAUAGACGUUUCCUUCAAGAGGAGGAAGUGCACCAUCACCAAGAAAGAUGAUUAUAUAUUGCAUGCUGAUUGUGUUGAUCAUUUAUUUGUAUUGCAUUAUGAUGAUUCUGUUGAUGUUGUGCAGGGUGAAACUUGUUGUAUUGCAGAUACUAACAAGGUUUUGCAUGCAGGAUGUAUUCAUGAUUAUCAUAGGAAACUUUGUCAUUUAAACUUUGAGGCAGUUUCCAAAAUGCCUGCCUUAGUUGAAGGUAUGACUAUUAAACCCUGCAGGUACCACAUGAAGUGUAAGGCAUGCGCAGCAAACAAGGUCAAAAUGGCUGCAAAAGGUAAGGUAUCAAGUAGACAAGCUACAGAACCAUAUCAGGUAGUGCAUGCUGAUCUCGUUGGUCCACUAGCACCCUCUUUGGGUGGAGCCAAAUACUUUAUGGUCCUCAUUGAUUCAUAUUGCAUAAAUAUUCAUGUGUUAAUAAUAAUAAUAAAUUUUAUUUAUAUCCCGCCCUCCCCAGCCGAAGCCGGGCUCCGGGCGGAUAACAACAAUAAAACAGUACAACACAACACAACACUCAAUCUCAAGCAGAAAUCAGAAGCGUUUCCGAGGUUCAAGGAAUUCUGUGCUUGGUUGAAUAAUGUGCAUGGUAGACAAGUGAAGUGUUUGUUUACAGAUUGCGGGGGAGAAUUCACUUCUCAGCAGUUUGAAGCUUUUCUGACUGAGAAAGGAAUUCAACAUGACCUUUCAAGUCCACAGUCUCCUUGGAUGAAUGGACUUUGUGAAAGGGCAAUCCAAACUUUGCUUCAAGGCUUGGAAACCUUGCUGCAUGAUGCCAAUCUUCCAGAGAAUUAUUGGGCAGAAGCGCUCAGCUGUUUUGUUUAUUCUUUUAAUUGCAGAUUGUCAUCAAUGAUUGGUUGUACCCCCUAUGUUUGGCAAGAAACCAUACAUCAAGCACAUUUUUGGAUCUGACAUGUGGGUUCACACACCACAAAGCUCCAAGUUAGGCAAAUGUGGUUUGCAUUGUAUCUUUCUAGGAUAUCAGAAAGGUUUUUACAGAGUAACGAUGACUGACACUAAUAGUUAGACUUACUAGAAGUUUUGAGUACAAUGCCAAGUGGGGGGAGAAUGUGGGAAUUUUCCACUGUUAUCCUGAUGACACUGAAAAGUCUGAGGAUAAACAACAGCGAAACCCCACACCUACUGCUGAAGGUUCUGAAUCUGAGUCUGAGACUGACUCAGAUGAUUCAGAGGAUUUCAAGAGUGCUAAGGCCUCUCUGCGACCCUCUGAAGGCUCUGGCCGAGAAUUGGAGGAACCACUGUUCACUAUAGGCCACUUUUCUCCUAAGAAAGAAGAGGAAAGCGUUGAAGACUUACCUUUGAUUCGCAGGUCUGAAAGAGCCACAAAAGGUAAACCUCCAAAGAGAUUUGCUGAUGAAUGUGCUAAAGCAGCUAAAGCUGUAACUGCUGUUAAUAGCUCUGAGAAAGUUUUUGAACCUUCAAACUUCCAAGAGAUCCAUCUUUGGACUCAAAGAGUGCUGAGCCAUGGUUAACUGCCAUGAAGGCUGAGCUUGAUUCCUAAGAGAGGAACAAAACAUGGGAGCUAGUUCCGACAGUUCCAGGGAUGAAACUGCUUAAAACAAAUGGGUCUUCAAAGCAAAGGUAGACCAAAAUGGCAAGGUAGUCAGACACAAAGCCAGACUGGUUGCCAGGGGUUUUUCACAGAUACCAGGAGAAGACUAUCAGGAGACCUACUCACCCACCAUGAGAUAUGAGAGCAUUAGGCUUAUGCACAAACUUGCUGCAGAAGAGAAUCUACGGGUUUCUCAUCACAAUGCAAUUACAGCAUUUUUGUACUUAACCUUAGGUGAAUCACUUUAUAUGCUUCCACUUGAUGGCAUACGGGUAAAACAGGGACUUGUUUGUUCUCUGAAGAAGUCACUAUAUGGUCUCAAGCAAAGUGCACGAUGCUGGCACUCUAAACUCAUUGAAGUGUUGUUUUCUCUAGGUUUUCAGCAAAGUAAAGCUGAUCCAUGUGUAUUUGUCAAAGAGGAAGGGAAAAAGAAGCUGUAUUGCGUGUUUUAUGUUGUUGAUAUUAUUUUCUUUAGGAAGGAUGCCAAGAUAUACAACAACGCCCUAGCUCAACUGAAGGAGCACUUUGACAUGAAAGAUCUUGGUGAGGUAACCAACUACCUAUCUCUGGAAAUAGAGACCAAGAUGGUAAUAUUUUAGUACACCAGUCACAGAAAAUUGCUGAUGUGUUAAGCAAACUAAACCUGAUGGAUGCUAACCCUGUAGACACACCAAUGACAACAGGUUAUCAGGUAGAUGAUACUGAAGAAGUAUUUUCUGACACUACACUGUACAGAAGUAUGCUAGGCAAACUAAACUUCAUUGCCAGAUGUUCAAAACCUGACAGUGCAAUUAGCACUAAUUUGCUAAGCAGACAAUCCUGCUAAGGAUUGGAAAGCUCUGAAACGCAUAGUACUCUAUUUGAAAGGCACUGUGCGCUACAGACUGAGAUUUAACAAUAAAAAGUCUGGCAGUCUUGAGAUAUUUGCUAAUGUGAGUUUUGGAAGUGACACUAUAGACAGGAAAAGCACGUCUGGAGUUUGCUACACGUACAACCAGGGUCUAUUUGAUUGGUCGUGCAAGAAGCAAACACCAGUAAGCUUAAGUUCUUGUGAAGCUGAACUGAAUGCACUGUCUUAUUCACUUGUGGGUUGUGAAUGGUUGUUACAAUUGUGUAAAGACAUGAGAAUUCCUGUAAAGUGUGCAAUCCAGGUUUAUCAGGACAACAAAAUAAGUUUGGCUUUACUAACUUCUGAAGGUUGUAAGCAAAGCACGAAGCACUUGCAAUUGAAGCUGCAACAUGCUAGAGAAUGUGUUCAGAAAGGACUCGGAACAGUGUCCUACAUGCCAGGUAAUGAAAUUCCUGCUGAUUUAUUGUCCAAGGUUGUUCCGUGGGAUCAACACUGUACCUAGGUACAGAAAUUGGGUUUGUACUGAGAUUGUACUGACACACUGCUCAGUGGUGUUCACAGAAAGGGGGAGGAUGUUAGUUUUCUGUUUAUGCCACUGUGCAGUUUUUGGAGUCACAAGACUGUUUACAUUCCAGACUGUUGGAAGUCUCAAGGGAGAUGAGAGAUGGAUGUUGAUGUUACUGGUUUCCUGUUUCUUUGUCCCAGUUGGUUCUGUGCUCUCACAGAGAGAGGCUGUAUAUUAUUUUUUGUCUGUGUAGUUAGAAAUAAAACGUAGCAAUGUAGCUCAUAUCUUUCUCAUCCUGCUGCUGUUUGUACACUGCAUAAUGGGAACGUGCUUAGAGCCUCAUCAAAGGCUUAGGUCAUUAAUCACGUCAGAGGAGGAGAUUCCGAAGACUCGACCGGAGGAGUAGCUCAGUCGAACGGAGUUCCAACAGCGGAUACAGCCACAACAUUUGCCUGGCUUGUGAUGAGAGAGCUCAAAGAUUGUGAACAGGGCUCUCCAUACAAAGCACCUAGCAUGGGGGCACCUACAUGUAAUAUCUACUCUGCUCUUUUCUGCCCAUGCUCUGGGGUUGCAGUUUUCAGGCUUGGGGACAGGACGGUGACUGGUUUUUGUACCAAGUUCUGUCAAUUAUCCCCACUGAGUUCAAUGGGAUCUACUCUGAGGUCACCACUGUGCAGACCAUGCCAGGCUUGCAAGUGGGAUGAGGAGCAUACUGAAGAAAUUGGAAUCACUGGAGAUGUUUAGAAAUGGGGCUUCUCUUGAGAAGGGGCUGCCCCAUUUGUGCUUCUCCAGGGCAGGAGAAUAAGGCAAGAGAAUCCCUGCAGGGCCUCUGAGGCUCCCUUUGCUUCUUCCUCUCUCCCAGGACCCCGCAGCUUGUGGUGGCUUCUCGACUCCUCAGGAAGGAUGAAAGAGACUGAAUCUGUAAACCUAGCAAGGAUGGAAGGGGGAAGAUGGACGGUUGACCUGGUCAGGUUGUCUCCUGCAUCGCUUCGCACAACCUCUGAAUGUUCCCUCCCAGGGACCUCCGACAGAUCUGGUGAGUUCCAGGGGAGUGGAGAUGGGGAUAUGGAUGGAUAGAGCCAGAGAGGUAUUGGGGCUUGCUCAGGGGGGCACCAUUUCGGGCUUCUCCACCUGCCUGCCUGCGCCUUUGUCAUCUGCAGGCAAUUUGAGCUAGGAAUACAUCACAGCUCUCCGACCACUGCGAUGUAUUGGCAGCUCAAAAUGUCUAAACCCUGUCCCGUGAUUGAAUGUCAGACAACCAAUGUCAGACAACUUACUGAUCCAUUGGGCAGCACUAGAAGCCAUGACUCUUGAAAGUAACCUGAUCCUGCUUUGCAAAUUGACCACAGAUGGGGCCUCCGUGUGUUGCCUUUUUCUUUUCUUUUAGGACUAACUUUUUAUUUGCUUUUAAAAACAAGGAUCAUAGGACUAAUAUACAAAUAUGUAGGCGAAGUAUCUAUAACAUAUGGUUCACCAUUAGUGGUCAGUGUAUGAGUUCUGGGUUCAUGAAUUGGUUUAAAUUGAAAGAAAAAAAGGGAAACGGGAGAGAACAGAGAACAUUCAACAUUGCGUAGUCAGGAGCUCUUGUGGCCGUUGCGUUUAGAUUAAGUGUGAGUUAUAGUCACUUUCCCUCUUUUGUCACCAGUGAAACAAUACAGAGUUAGUCUGCUCUUGAACAUGGGAGGGAGGUUCAAAGUGAAGAAAGUGAUUUAGGUAUAAAUUAAAAUUUAGACCAACCAGAUUGAGAUAACUGCUGGUGGGGAGGGUGCAGGUGAAGACGUUGCUUUUUGUUUCAAAGACGAUUUGCUGGAUCUUGACCAGAGGGCUUUGCAUAAGGAAAUCAAGGAGGAGAAUUAUGGAGUCAAGGACCCUCUUGGUAACACUUCCUGUUGGAUCAUAAUACCUGUUUUGAAAUUAAGCAAGUAACUCCCCUUUGAAAUUCCAUACAUACAGUGGUGCCCCGCAAGACGAACGCCUCGCAAAACGAAAAACUCGCAAGAUGAAAGGUUUUUUCGUUUUCGAGUUGCUUCGCAAGACGAAUGUCCCUAUGGGCUUGCUUCGCAAGACGAAAACGUCUUGCAAGUUUGUUUCCUUUUCGUAAAACCGUUAAAACCCAGGGUGCAUUGCUUGAAGAGGUGCAGUUGCGACUUGACCUCGAGGAGCAACACAUUGCACGCGGUGUGGUGGCCUUUCUGAGCUUUUUAAAGAGUUUGCUGGAUUUUUGAAGCUUUUCCAAAACUUCUUCUGCAGCUGUUUGGUAAGUUGAACUUUUAAAACUUUUUUUGGGUGUUUGGGAUUUUGGGUUAGGGUGUUUAGAAUUCAAGGACUUGGUGUUGGGGAGAGGUUUGCAGGAAUCUGGGAGCGUGUGUGCUUUUUUUUGAAUUUUUAUGGUUUUCUGUAACCAUUGGGCCAUGUUUAUUUUUUAAAAAAAAAAAAAAUCUGGCUUUGAAUGUUUGAAUUUGUGUGUGCUGGGUGGAUGGGGUAACAGCUGGGGAGGUGUUUGCAAGAAUCUGGGAGCUUGUGUGCUUUUUUUUGAAUUUUUAUGAUUUUUUGUGACCAUUGGGCCAUGUUGUUUUUUUUUGAAAAAAGUUUCUGGGUUUUAAAUUUCUGUGUGCUGGGUGGAUGGGGGAACAGCUGGGGAGGUGUUUGCAAGAAUCUGGGAGCUUGUGUGCUUUUUUUUGAAUUUUUAUGAUUUUAUGUGACCAUUGGGCCAUGUUGUUUUUUUUUGAAAAAGUUUCUGGGUUUUAAAUUUCUGUGUGCUGGGUGGAUGGGGGAACAGCUGGGGAGGUGUUUGCAAGAAUCUGGGAGCGUGUGUGCUUUUUUUUGGAUUUUUAGGAAUGUUUGUGACCAUUGGGCCAGGUUGUUUUUUUUGAAAAAGUUUCUGGGUUUUAAAUUUCUGUGUGCUGGGUGGCUGGGGGAACAGCUGGGGAGGUGUUUGCAAGAAUCUGGGAGCUUGUGUGCUUUUUUUUGAAUUUUUAUGAUUUUUUGUGACCAUUGGGCCAUGUUGUUUUUUUUUUGAAAAAAGUUUCUGGGUUUUAAAUUUCUGUGUGCUGGGUGGAUGGGGGAACAGCUGGGGAGGGGUUUGCAAGAAUCUGGGAGCUUGUGUGCUUUUUUUUGAAUUUUUAUGAUUUUUGUGUGACCAUUGGGCCAUGUUGUUUUUUUUGAAAAAAGUUUCUGGGUUUUAAAUUUCUGUGUGCUGGGUGGAUGGGGGAACAGCUGGGGAGGGGUUUGCAAGAAUCUGGGAGCUUGUGUGUUUUUUUUUGAAUUUUUUUGAUUUUUUUGUGACCAUUGGGCCAUGUUGUUUUUUUUGAAAAAAGUUUCUGGGUUUUGAAUUUCUGUGUGCUGGAUGGAUGGGGGAACAGCUGGGGAGGGGUUUGCAAGAAUCUGGGAGCUUGUGUGCUUUUUUUUGAAUUUUUAUGGUUUUCUGUAACCAUUGGGCCAUGUUGUUUUUUUUUGAAAAAAGUUUCUGGGUUUUGAAUUUCUGUGUGCUGGGUGGCUGGGGGAACAGCUGGGGAGGGGUUUGCAAGAAUCUGGGAGCUUGUGUGCUUUUUUUUGAAUUUUUAUGGUUUUCUGUAACCAUUGGGCCAUGUUGUUUUUUUUGAAAAAGUUUCUGGGUUUUGAAUUUCUGUGUGCUGGGUGGCUGGGGGAACAGUUGAGGAGGGGUUUGCAGGAAUCUGGGAGCUUGUGUGCUUUUUUGAAUUUUUAUGGUUUUCUGUAACCAUUGGGCCAUGUUGUUUUUUUUGAAAAAUUUUCUGGGUUUUGAAUUUCUGUGUGCUGGGUGGCUGGGGGAACAGUUGAGGAGGGGUUUGCAACAGUUGGGGAGGGGUUUGCAACAGUUGGGGAGGGGCUGGGGGAACAGUUGAGGUUUUUGAAGACUUUGGUGAUUUUUAAAGCUUUCCCAAAAUUUUUUUUUUGCAGCCAUUUGAGGAUUUUGAAGACUUUGGUGAUUUGCAGCCAUUUCGUAAGUUAAACUUUUUUUGGGGUUUUUGGAUUUUGGGUUGGGUGUUUGGAAUUCAAGGACUUGGUUGUGGGUUUGAAUUGCUGAUUUUUUUUUCUUUUUCUGAGUUUUACAAAGGUAACAGCUGUGCUGCCAUGGGACCCAAGAAGACUGCUGCUGCUGCGGAGGCCGGCGAGAGGAAGAAGGAGAAGGUGACGCUGGAGAUGAAGAAGGAGAUCAUCCGGAAGCACGACGGUGGAAUGCGUGUGACGGACCUCGCCAGGGAGUACGGCAGGAACCCAUCGACCAUCGGGACCAUCCUGAAGAUGAGGGAGAAGAUCCUUGCGACUGAUGCAGCCAAGGGAGUCACCAGGAUCGUGAAGAACCGCCCAGCUGUUCUGGAGGAGGUCGAGAAGUUGCUCCUCAUCUGGAUAGAAGAGAAGCAGCGUGCAGGGGACACAGUGACUGAGGCCGUGAUUUGUGAGAAGGCCAAGGCCUUGCACGCAGACCUCAUCCGGGAACAGCCAGGAACCUCGGCCGAGCCAGAAGUCUUCAAGGCAAGCAGAGGCUGGUUUGACCGGUUCAAGGCAAGAUCCGGAAUCCACAGCGUGGUCAGGCAUGGAGAGGCUGCCAGUUCUGAUGUUCCUGCGGCUGAAGACUUUGCCUUGGAGUUCCUGGAGGUUGUGAAGACGGAGGGCUACGUUCCACAGCAGGUCUUCAACUGCGACGAGACCGGGCUGUUUUGGAAGAGGAUGCCCAAAAGGACUUUCAUCACUCAGGAGGAGGCCAAGUUGCCUGGCCACAAGCCCAUGAAGGACCGUCUGACCCUGCUCUUCUGUGCCAACGCAAGCGGCGACCUGAAGAUCAAGCCCCUGCUGGUGUACCACUCGGAGAACCCACGGGCCUUCAAGAAACACAAGGUCGACAAGGAGCGGCUGAGUGUCAUGUGGCGAUCCAACAGCAAGGCUUGGGUCACACGUGUGCUGUUUGUGGACUGGGUCAAUCUUGCCUUUGGCCCUGCUGUCAAACAGUACCUGCUGGACAACGACCUGCCGCUGAAGGCUUUGCUUCUGAUGGACAAUGCUCCUGCUCAUCCUAAAGGCCUUGAGGUGGACUUGUUGGAGGAGUUCAGCUUCAUCAACAUCAUGUUCCUGCCGCCUAACACCACGCCACUGCUCCAGCCGAUGGAUCAGCAGGUCAUCGCCAAUUUCAAGAAACUCUACACCAAGGAGCUUUUCAGGCGAUGCUUCGAGGUGACUGAUUGCACCACCAUCACCCUGCGGGAAUUCUGGAAGGACCACUUCGACAUCGUCACCUGCUUGAAGAUGAUCACCACGGCCUGGAAGGGGAUCAGCCAGAGGAAUUUGAAUUGCGCUUGGCGCAGCCUGUGGCCGGACUGUGUGGCACCAAGUGACUCUGAUGCACCAGAGUCGACAGUGGUGCAGGACAUUGUUGCCUUGGGGAGGACCUUGGGCCUGGAGGUCACAGAGGAGGACGUUUGCGAGCUGGUGGAGGAGCACGACGACGAGCUGACCACCCAGGAGCUGGUUGCACUGCAGUCAGAGGUUGCGCAGGAGCAGGCCUCGCUGGAAGAGGAGGAAGCAACUGAGGAACGGCUGUCCUCCAAAGAACUGAGGGACAUUUGCCAGAAGUGGAAUGAGGUGCAGGCUUUUGCAGAGCGGCACCACCCUGACAAGCACGUGGCACAUGACCAAGCGAACAUUUUUGAUACGACGGUCAUGUCGCCUCUCAGGGAGCUGCUGAAACGGCGGAUGAAGCAGCAGACCAUGGACAGGUUCCUCAGCAAGAAGCAAAGAGUGGAAGAGGAACCUUCUUCGAGUGGUCCCCCAGAGUCUUAGAAAAUGUAAUGUACCCUUUUUUGAUUUUUAAAUGUUUUUCCUGUCAUGUUUAGAAACUUAAUUUAUUGUUCCUUCAAUUUUUUAUAUGAUCUUUAAAGUAUGUGUGACUUUAAAGAGCAGUUAAUAAACUCUUGUUGUACCGAAUUUGGCUUUGAUUGGACUUUUUUUGACCAUAGGAACGCAUUAAUUGAUUUUCAAUGCAUUCCUAUGGGAAUUCGUGCUUCGCAAGACGAAAAAUUCGCUAGACGAAAAAACUCGCGGAACGAAUUAAUUUCGUCUUGCGAGGCACCACUGUACCUCUAUGUGAUGAACCUCUACUAUUUGGAUGGAGACCAAGAGCAUUUGGGAUUCUAACAUCCCCACUGUGAAUCCUGAAUGGAGGGAUAUCCACUGUUUUCUCUGCAAUUUUUUUCCUUCUAGUCAUGCCUUUUAAAGCAAUGACCAGGUUGUCUGAACUGGCCAGGCCUUCUUAAAUGUCAGCCUCAGAGCUUAAAGGGAAAUUGGAGAUGGAGUGGAUUCCAGGAUUGAGCCAACCAAAAUCUAUCCCAGAUAAAAACCAAGCAAUAUGCCAGUUAGUACCAGCCAAUAGUGAAAACUAUAGUAAGGCCUCACAUCCAGCUCGCUUCAGUUCCUCCUCCAUCACAAACAUUCAUUAACUUUGUUCUUACUGAGGCUCUAAUUAGCUUCUCUCUUCAUUGCAGAUGGUGAUGAAUUGGAAGGAAAGAACAAGGGGAACCACAACAGAAUCCACAUAGCGGAGAAGUCAAAUAAAUAUACAAAGUGUGGAGAGAACAUCUGCCAGAGCCCCCAGUCCACCUCACAUAAAGGAAAGAGCUUUGUUCGGAGGGAUAGAAUCUCUUCACAUGAAAGAACUAACAGCGGAAAGAAAUUGUAUCAGUGCAGAGAAUGUGGGAAGAGCUUCAAUCACCGUCAGGCGCUCACUUGCCAUCAAAGAAUUCAUACAGGGGAGAAACCCUAUCAAUGCUUGGAAUGUGGAAAUACCUUCCGUCGGAAGGGACAUCUCACUUCCCAUCAAAGAAUUCAUACAGGGGAGAAACCCUAUGAGUGCUUGAAGUGUGGAAAGAGCUUCAGUCGGAAGGAUGGUCUCACUUCCCAUCAAAGAAUUCAUACAGGGGAGAAACCCUUUCAAUGCCUUGUGUGUGGAAAGAGCUUUCGUCACAGUGCCAGUUUUACUUCCCAUCAAGGAAUUCAUAAAGGGGAGAAGCUCUAUCAAUGCUUAGAAUGUGGAAAGAGCUUUAAUCGGAAGGAUGGUCUCAGUAUCCAUCAACGUAUUCAUACAGGAGAGAAACCUUUUCAAUGCCUUGUGUGUGGAAAGAACUUUCGACACAGUUCCAGUCUCACUUCCCAUCAAGGAAUUCAUACAGGGGAGAAACCCUAUCAGUGCUUAGAAUGCGGAAAGAGCUUCAGUCAAAGUUCCGCUCUAACUAUGCAUCAUAGAGUUCAUACACGGGAGAAACCCUAUCAGUGCUUGAAAUGUGGGAAGAGCUUCAGUCACAGAGAGAGUCUCACUUGCCAUCAAAGAAUUCAUACAGGGGAGAAACCCUAUCAGUGCUUGGAAUGUGGAAAGAGCUUUAGUCAAAAUGCACAUCUCACUUCCCAUCAAAUAAUUCAUACAGGGGAGAAACCCUAUCAUUGUUUGGAAUGUGGAAAGAGCUUUCGUCAGAGAGGUGCUCUCACUUUACAUCAAAGAGUCCAUACAGGGGAGAAGCCCUAUCAGUGUUUGGAAUGUGGAAAGAGCUUUCGUCAGAGAGGUGGUCUCACUUUACAUCAAAGAGUCCAUACAGGGGAGAAGCCCUAUCAGUGCUUGGAAUGUGGAAAGAGCUUUUGUCAGAGGGAGCAGCUCACUUCCCAUCACAGAAGUCAUACAGGGGAGAAACCAUAUCCAUGCCUGGAAUGUGGAAAGAGCUUCAGUCACAGCCACAAUCUCACUUCCCACAAAAGAAUUCAUACAGGGGAGAAACCCUAUCAGUGCUUUGAAUGUGGAAAGAGCUUUCGUCAGAGAGGUGGUCUCACUUCCCAUCAAAGAAUUCAUACAGGGGAGAAACCCUAUCAAUGCUUAAAAUGUGGGAAGAGCUUCAGUCUCAGGCACAGUCUCACUUUGCACCAAAGAAUUCACACAGGAAGGAAACCCUAUCAGUGCUUGGAAUGUGGAAAGAGCUUCAGUCAAAGUUCCGCUCUAACUAUGCAUCAUAGAAUUCAUACAGGGGAGAAACCAUAUAAGUGUUUGGAAUGUGGAAAGAGCUUCCGGGAGGGGGCCAAGCUCACUUCCCAUCAAAGAAUUCAUACAGGGGAUAAACCUUUUCAAUGCCGUAAGUGUGGAAAGAGGUUUCGUCACAGUUCCAAUCUCACUUGCCAUCAAAGAAUCCACACAGGGGAGAAACUUUUUCAAUGCCAUGAGUGUGGUAAGAGCUUUGGUCACCAUUCCUAUCUCAUCACCCAUCAGAGAACUCAUACAGGUCAGAAACCAUAUCAGUGCUUUGAAUGUGGGAAAAACUUCAGUCAAAGCACCCAUCUCACGACCCAUCAAAGAAUUCAUACAGGGGAGAAACCCUAUCAGUGCUUGGAAUGCAGAAAGAGCUUCAGUCAUAGUUCUGCUCUAACUAUGCAUCAUAGAAUUCAUACACGGGAGAAACCCUAUAAGUGCUUGAAAUGUGGGAAGAGCUUCAGUCACAGAAAGAGUCUUACUUGCCAUCAAAGAAGUCAUACAGGGGAAACCGUAUAGGUGCUUGGAAUGUGGAAAGUGCUUUAGUCAAAAUGCACAUCUCACUUCCCAUCAAAGAAUUCAUACAGGGGAGAAACCCUAUCAGUGCCUGGAAUGUGGAAAGAGCUUUCGUCAGAGAAGUGCUCUCACUUUACAUCAAAGAGUCCAUACAGGGGAGAAACCCUAUCAGUGCUUUGAAUGUGGAAAGAGCUUUCGUCAGAGAGGUGAUCUCACUUCCCAUCAAAGAGUCCAUACAGGGGAGAAACCAUAUCAGUGCUUGGAAUGUGGAAAAAGCUUCAGUAAGAGGAUACAGCUUACUUCCCAUUGCAGAAUUCAUACAGGGGAGAAACCAUAUCCAUGCCUGGAAUGUGGGAAGAGCUUCAGUUACAGGCAGAUUCUUACUUUGCAUCAAAAAGUUCAUAUAGGGAGAAACCCUAUCAAUGCUUUGAAUGUGGAAAGUGCUUCAGCCAGGGGAUCCAUCUCACUUCCCAUCAAAGAAUUCAUACAGGGAGAAACCAUAUGAAUGCUUAAAAUGUGGGAAGAGCUUCAGUCUCAGGCACAGUCUCACUUCGCACCAAAGAAUUCAUACAGGAAGGAAACCCUAUCAGUGCUUGGAAUGUGGAAAGAGCUUCCGUCAAAGUUCCCAUCUCACUUCCCAUAACAGAAUUCAUAAAGGGGAGAAACCCUAUCAGUGCUUGGUAUGUGGAAAGAGCUUCCGGGAGGGGACCAAGCUCACUUCCCAUCAAAGAAUUCAUACAGAGGGAAAACCAAAAAGGAAAAAUAAUAACGCAAACAUUAUUGAACAACCCUUACAAAACACAUUUGUAUAG